CACGUGAUCUGCUCUCCCACAUGACAUCACUGAGAUUAGGACUUUUAAUACUCUGUUUUGAGGGAAAAGUGACGAUGGAGCUUUACCUUCAUCACCACGACGUGUUUUGGAAGUAGACUGAGCACAGAUAAGAGGGGCAAUGCUCUUCAUUUCAUUCGGGGUUAGUUCCCUACACAUAAGAGCAUUGGUUGAAUGGAGACUACACAGCUUGGAGAGGAUGUGUUUUUUGAGGAAGAUGUUUUCAGAACAGUACCUUUUGAGUUGGAAACCCACAAAAAUUCACCUCUGGUUGGCCUAUUAAUUUAUACCAGGUUGUGAAUAUUUCAGUUAUGACAACUUGUAGUGAUGAAGAUGUCCACAUUGUCUACGAGUAACAUCAACAAUGUUGGUCAUGGAGUUGGUAAACCUCUGGCAUUGACUCCAGACCCACAACUUGUCUCUGGUGUAGAAGAGGGUGUCUCUCAUUUAUUAUCUGAGGGAGCCCAUGAUGGCCUUCUGGCUAUACAGUCUCAUAGCUGUGAUGCUGUGUUCAGCAUACAGCGUGAUGGCUUCAUCCUUCCCAGCACCCAGGAAAUGGAUAUGGGUCAAGCUUCAAUGGAAAACAGCACAGUAAUGCAGCUGGACUAUGAUACUGAUACAUUGGCAGCCUGUUCAGAUCGGCUGCCUGUCAAGAGGAAAAAAGGGCCAGCCCCAAAAAUGAUGGGUAAUGAGGUGUGUAGCGUGUGUGGGGACAAGGCCUCUGGCUUCCACUACAAUGUAUUGAGCUGUGAGGGCUGCAAAGGCUUCUUCCGCCGUAGCGUCAUCAAGAGUGCGCAGUAUAGCUGCAAGAAUGGUGGCAAGUGUGAGAUGGAUAUGUACAUGCGGCGCAAGUGCCAGGAAUGCCGGCUACGCAAGUGUCGUGAGGCAGGCAUGCUGGAGCAAUGUGUCCUGUCAGAAGAACAGAUACAACUGAAAAAGAUUAAAAGACAGGAGGAUGAGACUGCUAGAAACUCUGGGGCCCUGUUACGUACCCCCUCCAUUUUGGAGCCUGUUAAGCUUGCUCCUGAGCAACGCGAGAUGAUAGAGAAAUUGGUGUCAGUACAAAAACAGUGUAAUAAACGUUCCUUCAUUGACCGCCCCAAAGUGACUCCAUGGCCUCAGAACCAGGACCCACAAAAUCGAGAAGUACGUCAGCAAAGGUUUGCUCAUUUCACAGAACUGGCUAUCAUGUCAGUCCAAGAGAUUGUUGAUUUUGCCAAACAACUGCCUGGUUUUCUGGAACUAACUCGUGAAGAUCAGAUUGCACUACUGAAGACUUCUACAAUUGAGAUUAUGCUGCUCGAGACGUCUCGGAGGUAUGAUCCAGCUAUUGACAGCAUCACUUUUCUAAAGGACUUCAGUUACAAUAAGGAUGACUUUGCAAAAGCAGGGUUGCAGUUUGAAUUCAUCAACCCCAUCUUUGAAUUUUCCAAGGGAAUGAAGGAGCUACACCUUGAUGAAGCAGAGUAUGCACUGCUUAUUGCAAUCAACAUUUUUUCUGCAGAUAGACCAAAUGUACAGGAUCAUGAUUUGGUAGAGAGGCUACAGCAGCCAUAUGUGGAUGCACUCCACGCCUAUAUUCGUAUCAAGAGACCAAAAGACAGCCUGAUGUUCCCCCGUAUGUUGAUGAAGCUGGUCAGUCUUCGCACUCUUAGCAGUGUCCACUCUGAACAGGUUUUUGCCCUACGGCUUCAGGACAAGAAGCUUCCACCUCUUUUAUCUGAGAUAUGGGAUGUCCAUGAAUGAAACUGUCAUUCUUGUUGAACCAUUGUCCUUGUUGGACAUGCUCUAAGAUCCAGCAAUCUUGGCUUCCCGAAAAUGCCUUUAGCUGCUUACCUUUUUCAAGUGGAAGCUAAGCCUGAUCAUGCACUUUGCAAAUGAGACAACACGGUGGACUGCUGUACAUCUUGUGUAAAACCAUCAACAGUAUUAAUAACUAAAGAAAAUGCUUGCAGGAGGCUGUUUUAAAUGCAGACUGUUAAUUGCACUUGAAAUUACAAAAAUGUCUCUUCUGACCAAAACUGCUAAGAAUUAUAAUUCCAUGUCUUAAUGUUGAGUUGGCCACUUGGAUGGACAUAAUCCAUUCUGAACAUUUCAAUUUACUUGUAGAUAAAACCAUUUUAAAAACAACCAUUUUAUUAUGCCACCAUGAAAUACUUUGAUUUCCUCUUUAAAAUCAUUAUUACUGUACACUUUUUAAAUUUUUUUUUCAGAUCAUUUGGUGCUACAUGUUGGAGUUUUUUUUUUUGUUUAUUUCCAUUGGAUCUUGCAUCCAUACUGGACCAACUAAUGAAAUUAGCCCAGUGAGUCCAUUAAAUCCUCAGUGGCUUGGCCAUAAAAAAUAAAAAGCACUUAUAGGACAAGUGGGUAGCAGGAGACCUGAUGCAUAUCAUACUGAAACAAUCAGACUUCAAUAAGGAUUUAAAAAGGGACAAUUAACUAAUACCGUAGGGUUUAGUGAUUGUGUACUGAUGCAGAUUGACUCUUGUGCUUAUAUACUGUAACUGUGGUGUGACUGGUGAAAUGCUCCCUGCUUUCAUUAUCUCCAGCAGCAGACAAAGAAUAUGGUUAUAUAAUGUACAGGUCACCUCUUCCCUGGUGUUCUGUUGAUGAAGUCUGUUGAGCACACCAAGGCUGUGAGAAUGGCAGGUUUUAAGCAAUUCAUUUUGGGACCAAAUUUACUGGGCUGUCCUGGAGUGAUGAAGUAUCAGCAGUUGACAGUUUAUUGAUUUCAAAAUCAGCUGCAGCUUGACUUCAGAUCCCAGCAGCUUUUUGAAAUGAGCCUAGUCCAAUGCCAUUAAUUUUAUUCUGCAAAUUGUCACUUUUAUGUGCUUCCUUUGGAAAAGACUAUAUUUUCAAAGAGUUUUCUUUCAGUAGUUGAAUACAGCAUGGUGUCAAAUUAGCUGUGUGUCAGACUGGGUGGCAGCAAAUAGAAAACUCUCUUUUAAAAUAUGUUUUUUUGUGACCACUCUGCCAUAAACUGAUCAUGUGUAUACACCCUGGCGUCAAACCUAAUCUGGGAGAGCACAGUGUUGUUCCCACACUUGGCAAUCAGCAUCUACUUUCAACCUUUAGUGCAUGCUCAUGCUCUUGCCUAAUUAUGCUCAUUUAAUGCAAUUUCAGCAUUAAAAAAAUCAGGAGGAAUUCGGCCUUUCUCCAAAACUACCAGAACAGAUUUAUCAUUUUUAGAUAACAACAAAAUUGUAUUUACUUUGCUUGUAAUACUUGUCAUUCACGAUAGGCGUAUACUGGAUAUUUUAAUUGCACUUUUAUCUGCUUACUGGUAAUUUGCUGCUUUAUAGUAAGAGUUUACCAUAUGCUGUAACUGAAAGUGCAGAGACUAAAAUGAACCCCUGAUCUUCACUGGCUGACCAAAUCAAAGCCAAAAGUCUCUUAGCAACCAGUAAAAUUAAAGCAUUGCAUUCUUUUACAGUAUUUUUUUUCCUUGUCAGACUAUUCAGAAAGAAUACCUGCAGCCAAAUAAGAACCACAGGCCUGAAUUUAGCAACAUAUGAAGUAGGAUUUCCCAAUUCAUUUAUCCAUGUUAUCAGCCUAAUGACAGAAAAAAUACCAGUAGCGAGUGGGUGGUGUAUCAUUUGUCCUUGUACAGACUGAAACCGUUUGAAAAAUUUUAAGGUGAUGAUCACACCAUUGUUCUUUAAUGUUAUGAAAAGUGCUUUAACUUGUCAUUAAUUUUUAUGUGCGCUCAAUUCUGUUUUCAAUCCACUGUUAAAAUAUAUCUAUUUUUAUAUUCUGUUUAUGUUUAA